UUUUAAAGAUAUUUAGGACACGACAAAAAAAAAAUCAACCAACAUGGUUAUUUAACCCCCUUGACUUCAUUUUACUUGCGUUCUUUUCAGGCUUCUAUCUUCUACGUCCAAAACCACUCCCACCUCUGCUGCACUCGUCAUCUACCCCUUUCCUUUCCUUUCCUUUGCUUUCAUUGCUUUAUGUACUGCUGCAAAGUUACAACCUUAAAAUCACCCCCCAACUUACCACACUCAAAACAACGAAGGAUGUCGGUUUCGUUUUCACAUUUCUCGAUACCCUUCUCUGAAUCUUCAAUUGCUUCAUCCAUUUCUCUCUCCACUGGUGCAGCCAAUAACUUCCAAUUGUUGAGAGGUAGUUGCCUUGUUCUCCAUGGAGGAGCUAGCGAUUUGUGCCAGAGGUUUCGUGGUUUGAAACUACGGAUACUUAAGAGGCUGAACCGUCGGCAGCAUGUACCUGCCAAUGAUUUGAAGAGAAUAAGAAAUCAAGACAAGGAUCAGCCGGAAAAUCCUUCAAGGAACGAUGAACAAAUUUCUGAAGCAGCAUCGACUAUACCCUCGUCCAAUGGUUCCACAGAAGAUCACACGAGAACAACUUCACAACCAAAGAAAAGUACUUUGCCUCCACUUGUUCAAACAAAUUCCUCAAACUUGAAUGUUGAUGAUAAUCAUGAAAGACCCUCUUUAUGCAUUGCUGUUAUUGGAGCUACCGGUGAGCUGGCUAAGAACAAGAUUUUUCCGGCACUAUUUGCUCUAUAUUACAGUGGUUUUCUUCCCGAGAAUGUCGGUAUCUUCGGUUAUUCAAGAAAGGAUUUGACUGAUGAAGACUUAAGAUCCCUCAUUGCUUCAACUUUGACUUGCCGCAUUGAUCAUCAGCAAAACUGUGGGGACAAGAUGGAUGCUUUCCUUAGUAGAACAUACUACCUUAAUGGAGGUUAUGACAACAAAGAAGGGAUGUCCAAGCUGAAUUCUCGAAUGGAGCAGAUUGAAGCGGGGUAUCCAGCAAGCAGGAUAUUCUAUCUUUCUGUACCGCAUGAAGCACUUCCAGACGUUGCUUCUUCUCUUGCCGAUAAUGCACAAACAAAGAAGGGUUGGAAUCGUAUAAUAAUCGAGAAACCAUUCGGAUUUGACGCUGUAUCUUCUCAACUGUUUACUAAAUCCCUUCUUUCUAAGUUUGAGGAGAAGCAAAUUUACAGGAUAGACCAUCUCCUUGGGAGGAACCUCAUUGAAAACCUCACUGUAUUAAGGUUUUCGAAUCUAGUUUUUGAGCCAUUAUGGAGUCGAACAUACAUCCGUAAUGUGCAGGUGAUUUUAUCCGAGGACUUGAGCAUGCCGCUAGGAAGGUAUUUUGAUGGUUAUGGGGUCAUUCGGGACAUUGUUCACAGUCACAUACUCCAGACAAUAGCAUUGCUAGCCAUGGAACCACCUAUAAGUCUUGAUGGUGAAGAUAUUCGAAACGAAAAGGUUAAGGUUCUUAGAUCGAUUCGGAAUUUGGAACCCAGUGAUGUGAUUCUUGGUCAGUAUAAAGCUACUUCUGGAAACAAGGUUGAUGUGAGCUUAAGCAGUCGGACCCCUACCUUUUUUGCUGCUGCAUUGUACAUUGAUAAUGCCCGUUGGGAUGGUGUACCUUUCAUGAUCAAAGCUGGUGUGGGACUCAUCAAACACAGAGUGGAGAUACGUAUACAAUUUAAUAGUGUUCCUGGAAAUCUCUAUCGUGAGCGUAUCGGCCAUAAUACUGACCUUGCCACUAAUGAGUUGAUUUUACGUGAUGAACCUGAUGAGGCCAUCCUAGUCAAAAUCAACAAUAAAAUCCCAGGAUUAGGGUUGAAUUUAGAUGCUUCAGAGUUAAAUUUGCUUUACAAGGACAAGUAUAAUGUCGAGGUGCCUGAUUCAUAUGAGCAUCUUUUGCUUGAUGUCAUUGACGGUGAUAACCAUCUCUUCUUGAGAAGCGAUGAGCUUGCAGCAGCUUGGAAUAUUCUUACACCUGUUCUGCAAUGGAUAGACCAGAAUAAUAUAGCACCAGAGCUGUACGAGCUCGGAGGUAGAGGACCAGUUGGCUCAUACUAUCUUUGGGCUAAACAUGGGGUUUGGUGGGCAGAUGACUAAAAGGGGAAUAGCCUGUUGUUGUUCGAGUUUGAGAUAACAAAACAGGUAAUUUGGCUCGUUACGAUGUAAAUCAUGUAAAACAAGAGUAUGUUAUGUAUCUGUUUGUUUGGUUUUGCUGCUAUACGAAAAUGGCAACUGUGUAUGAUUGGAUACAUGCCAGAAAGGGAAAAAUGCUCUUUUGCUUGUGCAUGGCUACAACAAUUCCACAUUCCAAAUUACAUAUAGUUACAUAUAGUUUGUAUUAA